AUGGAUGGUAACUACGACAACGUCACCAUCAGCACGUUUAAGAGUGGUCUCCCCACCGAGCAUUGUUUAAGGAAGUUCCUAAUUGGUAAGCCUGUUACCAGCGUUCGUCAACUUAUGGAUAGGAUUAACAAAUACAAAAGGGUGGAAGAGGACCAACUACAAGGGAAAGGAAAGGAGAAGAUCAUCCCUUAUAAGAGGAAUGAUUUCAGGUCAGAACGAUACAAUAGUAACCAUCUAAGAAGAGAUUUUGCGGGACAAUCUGGACCAAUCACCACGCAAGCGGUUAACGCUAUAUUUAGAGAGCCGGUACAACAGGUUUUGGAGAAAGUUAAGAACGAGCCUUUCUUCAAGUGGCCGAAUAAAAUGGCCAAAGACUCCUCAAAACGCAACCAGAGUCUGUGUUGUCAGUACCACCAAGACCAUGGACAUACCACUAAAGACUGCAGAAAUCUAUGGAACUACCUGGAUCAGUUGGUCUGA